AUGGAUGAAUUACUUGAAUAUAAUGAUCGAAAUAUGACUGAUUCACUUAAUAUCAAUUCUUUGAAAAAUGAUUGCGAUGUAUUAGAAGAAUGGAAUAUUCAGAAAGUUUAUGAAGAUUUAGUAACAGUUCUAAAACUUACUAGCAAUGAUCCUUGCAUAUCAUAUGAUGAUCCUUUCAAUAAUGACGGAGUAAUACAUUAUGAAAAGAGGCCUCCUGUACAAACAUUCAGUUCCGAUAAAUCUAAUAAUCCUAAAACACUUUUGGAUGAAAAUAAUGAUGAUACAGAAUUUUUUAAUCCUAAAGAAUGGACUAUGGAAGAUCCUUCAUCAUCCAAGGUUAGACCUCCAAGAUUAUUUGAUUUUUUGUGCUUACUUCUUAAUAAUUUACGUUAUGCUUCAUAUGCAUCUUGGAUAAAGAAAGAUGAAGGUUUAUUUAAAAUUCAUAAUCCAGCAAAAGUUGCUAGUCUUUGGAAAAAAGUUAAAUUAAGACAAACUCACGGACUGAUGAGUUAUGAUACUUUUUCACGUGCCAUUCGGUAUUAUUAUAAGUCCGGAUUAAUGAUUAAAACACAUAGAAAACAUACUUAUCGUUUUGCUCACAAAUGA